AUGUUAUGGGUUUUCGGACGUCCCAUCACGCAGCGUUCUUUUUAUUGUUGCCAUUCUAGAUGCGUCAGGGCAUGUGUGAACAUUUGUGCAUCUUGGACCCAUUUAUUUGACACGCACCUGUCAGGACUUCAGAACAGCUCAUGGCUAUACCUCAGCCACCUGGGCAUUAGCAUUGCCCAGUUGGACUGCACGAAAGACGCUGCUGAUGUUGCCAAACAGCUCGAGCGUGAGCAUGCCGGUGACCUGGAGUUUGUGGAAAUCGAUAAGCGGAACCUGUUCAAGCUGCAAACCUCGCAGAUAGUGGAUCCAGACUGGUCUCGGCAGUGGGGCUUUCGCCGGACUGGUUUCGAAGCUGCCUGGAACCGGCUGGAGUCCAUGCAAGUGGAUCCAGCGCCGGUGACGGUGGCUGUGUUGGAUACAGGGAUCCAGCUCGACCACGAGGACUUGCAGGGGCGGCUGUGGCAGAACCAGGGGGAAAUCCCCAACAACGGAAUAGAUGACGACGGAAAUGGGCUUGUGGAUGAUGUGCAUGGCUACGACUUUGCAGAUGGGGACGGGGACCCGUCAGAUGACGAUGGGCACGGAACGCAUUGUGCAGGAGUCAUUGCUGCUGUGCGGAACUCUGUGGGCGUGGUCGGGGCUGCCGGGGGCAACCCUGCAACUGGGAUGCUUUUAGACGGGUUCCUGAGCAGUGAUGGUGGUCGCACUAGCGAUGCAGUACUAGCAUUGAAUUACGCCAUCUCCAACGGCGCGAUGAUCUCCUCCAACAGCUGGGGCGGUGCUUCCCACAGCAUCGCACUGCAGUCCGCGGUGCAGAGUGCAAAGGAGUCGGGACACCUGUUCGUGGCUGCAGCGGGAAAUCUGGGCAGAAGUAAUGAUCUCAUCCCGACAUACCCUUGCAACUACGAGCCUGCUCUUUGCGUUGCCGCGACGACUUCUACAGAUCAGUUGGCCGACUACAGCAACUAUGGCGUGGGCUCAGUACAAAUAGCGGCCCCAGGAACGGGCAUCUUCAGCACUCACCUCGGAUCUCGCAGCUACAUGACUCUCAGCGGCACGUCCAUGGCUACGCCUCUGGUUGCGGGAGCCACAGCGCUCGUGUGGAGUUGGAUGGGCGGAAGUUUCGUGAACGAUUUGGACGAUCUGGAGCGGGCGCCAUGGCUGGACGGUUUCGUGUCCACAGGGCUUCUGAACGUGGGAGCCAUGAUCUCCAAGGCAGAAUCCAGGAAUUGGAUUCGACUGCAGGAGCCUCUGGGUGGGUGGAGGGAUCCCACGGGGACCUCUGCCAGGGUCACUGUGCCUGCAGGUGGCGAAGUAGCUCUUGGAGUGGAGAUUGGCCAUGAGUUCUUGGGAGUUGGAGUUUACAACGCGGAGAUCAACAUUGAUUGGGGCCAAGGCACAAAAGACUGCGAAGAGUCCGUGCCUGUUCAAUUUGAGAUUCUGGGGACUCCAUACCUGCCGGAAACGAUCUUUGCCGGAACGCUGCACUUUGGCAUAGUCCCUGUAGGAGGUGAGGGACGUCGUACGGUGAGACUCUGGAACUUUGGCAAUGGUACCGCUCGUGCUCUGGUGCUGCCUCUGGAUGCCCCAUUCGCUGGGCCUGGUGUAGAGGUGUCAGUGGAGCCACACCAGCCUUCUGACGUUGUCAUCACCUGCCGCCCACGCAGCACCGGCAUCUACACGGGCACAGUGCAGUUCCAAACAAAUUCUGGCCUGUCCGCGUUGGACGCCGUGGAUCCAGAUGCACUCAACAACGGCGACGCAUUCACAAUGCCGCUCCACUGCGAAGGCAGCCAGGCCCCCCACAUGGAGCUGGAUGCCUUCAGUGGAGUCAUGCUGCUGAGACCUGGCGAACUUCCUUUUCACGUCUCCCCGAGCGUGCCUGCGGAAUGGGAGUCUAAGGUGCUGGAUCCCCAGGCGCCAGAAUGCAAUGUGACCGCGGUCUUGGCGGCUACCUCCACCUCCAACGAGCAAGGCUGCAACCCGCAUGGGUCCUCCGUAGCCGGGAAGAUCGUGGUGGUCAGCCGAGGGGGCUGCACUUUCCAAACAAAGGCAGAGAUGAUCGAGGAUGCAGGAGGUGUCGGAGCUCUUUUCUACGACACAGAAUCCGUCACGACUCUCCGCAUGAUGGGUGUUGCAGAUGGUGCUGCGAAUCCCUCGCUGCCUGCAUUUAUGGUCUCGCGUGCUCAAGGCCUUUCUUUGCGCGAUCGUGCGAGGUCUGGUGAGGAGCUACUCGUAGCGCUGAUCCGGCGGCCUGUGGUACUCCACACGCACCUGCCCGACUCCGGCUCACCCAGAGCGGCGGCAAGCUUAGGGAUCCAAAACUUGGGCGGUGGGCCGUUGCACUGGCGGACGGAGAUCAAUAUGCUGAACUUUGAUGAGCAUGGCUUCUACUCCGCAGUCUACAGUGGAGCAACGAACAACAGCGGAGGGACUGACAUCGCCCCGCUCCCGCCAGCGCCAGCCUCCGCAUGGACGUCCAAUGCAGUGCUACAGGAAGUGUCAAGUUUUCGCAACAAGGACGUGGAUGACAACGCCGCAUCUGCGACCCUGCCUUUCAUGACUUCCUUCUAUGGCGAAAUUGCUCAGGACGUGCAGCUUUCAUCCAACGGCCUGAUUGCCAUAUCACCAGACGCCAGCACCUUCGAGCCGGGCCGGGACUACUUUGGCUACCUCCCUUCCAUCAACAAGCCCAAUGGCAUCGUGGCAGCCUUCUGGGACGACCUCUGGUGCAGGUCUUCCCGCGGCUGUCGGCUGCUCACAGGCCAGCGAACUGUGCAGCCAGUGGUUUUGCCGCAGUGCGGCACUGGCAACGCGUCCAUCAUACAGUUCUCGCAUUUCGAGCACCGCUAUGAUGCCAGUGCGAUAGCUUCCGUCGAGGCCCGCCUUUAUGCAGAUGGCUGUAUCGAGCUGCAAUACCAGCACUGGCCCUCGCGCAGCAAGCGGAUGAAUGCCAAGAUGGGCAUCGAGUCCAAGACGGGAGUUGGCGUGAACCAUGCCGCAGUGUUUCCCUUCGACCUGGGGCGCCCCUUUGGCGUCAUGCUCGUUCCGUUCUUCGCGUCGGACUCGGCCACGUGCCUUGGAGCCGAAACUAAGUCAACCGUCUUCGUGUCCUCUUGGUGA